UUAAUUAUAUGACAAAAACUUUUCUAUCAACAUAUAAAUAUAUUCAACUCUCAAGUCUCACCUAUACACUAGUGUAUAAUUUUUCUCUCAUUCUUUUACACAUUAAAACACACAAAAACUUCAUACCAUGGCUGAAGCUUCCAACUUCCUAGAAACUCAACGGAUUGCAGUUGUGAGUGGAGGCAACAAAGGGAUAGGAUUAGAAAUAUGUAGACAACUAGCAUCAAAGGGAAUAUUGGUGAUUUUAACAGCAAGAGAUGAGAAAAAAGGGAAUGAAGCUGUUAUUAAUAUGGAUGAACACUCUAAUUAUAAUAUCAUUUUUCAUCAACUUGAUGUGACUAACAUUUCUAGUAUUGUAACACUCAGAGAUUUCAUCAAGAAUAGAUUUGGCAAACUUGAUAUCUUGGUGAAUAAUGCGGCAAUUCUUGGAGUGCUUUUAGAUAAAGAUUUCAUUAUAAACCCACAACAAAAUUUAUUCAUUGAGAAGAUGAAAGUAGCAACUCAAACUAUUGAUAUAGGUGAAGAAUGCAUAAAAACAAAUUACUAUGGUGCAAAAUGGAUGAUACAAGAAUUAUUACCUCUACUUCAAUUAUCCGAUUCGCCACGUAUUGUCAAUGUCUCCUCCUCUACUGGAAAGCUCCAACAUGUACGCAAUGAAUGGGCUAUAGGAGUCUUGAAUGAUUGUGACAAUCUAACAGAAGACAAAGUGGAUGAGGUUUUGAAUGUUUUUCUCAAAGAUUUCAAAGAGGAUUUGUUAGAAAGCAAAAAUUGGCCUCUAAUAGUAUCUGCUUAUACACUAUCAAAAGCAGCAUUAAAUGGUUACACAAGAAUAUUGGCUAAGAAAUAUCCAAAUUUUCUCAUAAAUUGUGUUUGUCCAGGUUAUGUAAAAACUGAUUUAUGUUACAAUUCUGGCAUAUUGACUGUUGAAGAGGGUGCUCAAAGUCCUGUUUGGCUUGCUCUUUUACCUCAAGGAGGUCCAUCAGGGAACUUCUACAAUAGGAAAAAUCUCUCACCUUUCUAAUGAAAUUAAGAAAUCUUGAUCACAGCUAUGUUGCUCGAAUUUUUCAAAAAAUGUUAUUGUAUUUGUGUUGGAUUUUCAGUAAACAUAUAAUACAUAGUUUGCAGAGAAUUCGACCAUAUUAUAGGUUCAUGGACAAAGUUCCUAUUAUAAGGUAUAAAUUGUAAAUUGUAAUACAUAAGUUAAUAAUUAUUGGAUUAUCGUCUAUGGCA